UUCUUCCAGCUACAACUUCGAAGACGAGGGGAAUCUGCCCGUCCUUUUUCUCAAGUAUCUAAGAACACGGACUGAGGGUUGACUCGCCAAAACAUUUUUCUGAAGUUGUCGUUAGGAGGGGAUGCUGGGGGUUGCAGAUAUGACGGGCAGUAACAUGGCCAAUGCCUUGGCAAACGCGGCGUGCGAGCGCUGCAAGGCUGGGUUUGCUCCGGCCGAGAAGAUCGUCAACAGCAAUGGUGAGCUGUACCACGAGGGCUGCUUCGUCUGUGCCCAGUGCUUCCAGCAGUUUCCCGAGGGACUCUUCUACGAGUUUGAGGGCAGGAAGUACUGUGAGCAUGACUUCCAGAUGCUGUUCGCCCCGUGCUGCCAUCAAUGCGGAGAGUUCAUCAUUGGGCGUGUGAUCAAGGCAAUGAACAACAGCUGGCAUCCCGAUUGUUUCUGCUGUGACAUCUGCCAGGCUGUGCUCGCCGACGUGGGAUUUGUCAAGAACGCUGGACGACACCUGUGUCGGCCGUGUCAUAACCGCGAGAAGGCGCGUGGCCUGGGCAAGUACAUCUGCCAGAAGUGCCACGCUAUCAUCGAGGAGAAUCCUCUCAUCUUCAAGAACGACCCCUACCACCCUGACCACUUCAACUGCAACAACUGCGGUAAGGAGCUGACUUCUGAUGCCCGUGAGCUGAAGGGAGAGCUGUAUUGCCUGCCGUGCCAUGACAAGAUGGGCGUGCCCAUCUGCGGCGCCUGCAGGAGGCCCAUCGAGGGCCGCGUGGUCAACGCCAUGGGCAAGCAGUGGCACGUGGAGCAUUUUGUGUGUGCUAAGUGUGAGAAGCCCUUCCUGGGUCAUCGCCACUAUGAGAGAAAAGGACUGGCCUACUGUGAGACUCACUACAACCAGCUCUUUGGCGAUGUGUGCUACCACUGCAACCGUGUGAUAGAGGGCGAUGUUGUCUCCGCUCUGAACAAGGCCUGGUGUGUCAACUGCUUCUCCUGCUCCACCUGCAACACCAAGCUCACCCUCAAGGACAAGUUUGUGGAGGUGGACCUAAGGCCUGUGUGUAAGCACUGCUACGAGCGCUUCCCUGAGGAGCUGAAACGCCGGCUGGCUCAGCGCGAGCGCGAGGCCCGGGACAAGCGCAAGAAAACCGCUAUGUGUCUAAACAAGUUUGUGGAGUUUGACAUGAAGCCCGUGUGCAAGAAAUGCUACGAGAAGUUCCCGCUGGAGCUCAAGAAGAGACUGAAGAAACUGGCGGAGACCGUGGGGCGCAAGUAGGCUGCCCUGCCACAAGGUGGUGCCAGAGCGCCACACUGCUCAGGCUCCUCCUCACCCAACCAAUAUAUGAGGUGCUCAUCAUGUGAGGGAGAGAGACUAAGAGGACUCCAAAGUCAUUCUGCAUCAGCACUGCAUUGAAAGUGAAUUUGUUAUUAUU